AUGCCGAAUGUCUGGACUCAUAUUCUGGUCACUUAUACUGUUGUAACGGGCACAGCUCAGAUAUUUAUUAAUGGUGAAUUGAAGAAAGAGGAUGUGAAAGACGCUGGGGUCCCGUUAUCUACGGACUGGGACCAAUACACUGGUAUGAAAGCAUUAGUUUUACUAGCAAUGAACACAGUGCAAGCGGUGGACGACUUGCGCUUUAGACUAAAUUUUACUCUAAGUAAGAACAACGAAAUCUAUCACCACAGCUGGAAAGAACGUAUUGGAAUUAGUAAUAUUACAAAGUUUGGUUGCGAAAUGUUGUAAAAUACGGAAAAUAUAACCCUUCAAAGUUGGCAAAUUUGUAUACUUUUGUAUUACGUGCGUGAAUUGGUAACUGAAUUAGUUACCAUUUCCGCACGUCAUAGAAAUGUAUACAAAUUUGCCAACUUCGCAGGGCUAUACUUUCCGUAUUUUACAACAUUUCGCAACCAAAUUUUGCAGUUUUUCUAAUUUUGAUAACUUCUUUCCGAAAAUAUCCUUUGUUAUUCCCAGAUUAAAAAUUUUUCUAAAGCGCAAGUCGUCAGUUGAAUCAAGGUCGGUUAUUCUGUCGCCAAAAACCGGUUGACAGAAUAAUAAUAGAUCUUACCGAUUUUUCUCUUUUAACCAAUGACCUCGUUUCCAUGUUAACUUAUUUUAGCUUGUCAGGGGCAGAUAAAGAUUGUAUUCCCAUGUUUUUCUGGACGAAUUUGUUUCUUGCUGUUAACUUAGGCUCAAUAACAAAGUAAUUUUCAACCCUAUACUAAGCACAGAAGAUGAGUAAGUAUUUGACAUGAAAACGAGGCCAUUGGAUAAAAGAGAAUAAUGGGUAAGAUCUAUUACUUUUGGAACUGAUUCCACUUGAGUAAAGUAAAAUCUUUAUUUAUAAACACGCUGAUCAUGUCCACUUAAGCUCAGGCUAUCCACAAAUGUCGUUCAAAAAGAACAGCAAAGCCAGUAGAAGUAAGCUGUUUACAGGGGUUUAGAAAAGAACUAAGCUGCAUUGUUUAUUGUUCUAUAUACAACAUACAGUCCAUACGUGACUUUAAGUACUAUUCAAAACAUGAGCAGCAGUGAUCUAUCAGAUAUAAAGAUAACGAGGCGAAGCCGAGUAUCUUUAGGUCUGAUAAAACACGCACUGCGAAUGUUUUAAAUUGCUUCAAAAACGAUCUAGUAAGUUCAUUGGCGACGUAAUUUUCAAAAAAUACGUUAUGUAAGUCGAGAAAAUCAAAGUUAAAGUUUAUGUAAAUCAAGGGAAAUCUCAUAUAAAGAUACGACACGCUUAUGAUUUUUCUUUGUGUUUUCCUCAUGAAUUAUUAAUGAGUUUUUGAAUGUUACAUGAAAAUUGUGAAUAGGAAUUCUAUUUUGAACCAAGAGAGAGAUUUGGUAGUGAGAGUAAAGUCCUGUUUAAAUUAACCAGCAAAAUUAUCCAGAAAUGUUGAUUCUAUUGCACAGUAUUGAGUGAUUUUUCAUGUAUAUUAUUGAUCUUUAAAAAGCUCAUGAGGAAAUUCAUAUAAUUCAUGAGGAUUGGUUUUCUCGGCUUAAACAACGUUUAUCUUUAAAACUACCUCACCAAUGAACUCAUAAGAUGAAUCCGUUUUUAAGACAUUUAAAAAACUCGUAUAGUCCGUGCUAAAUUAAAUAUAAAACACCUCAUAUUUCGCCUCAUUUAUAUCUGCUAAAGCACUCGUGUUUUAAAUAGUAUAUAUACUUCGAUAACCCAAUGGACUAUACAUCAAUUCUUUUGUUUUGUAGGUAUUGGUCCAGCGAUAGGCGAGAAAGACAUGCGUGGUUAUAUCGAUGAAUUUUAUAUUUUUAAUAAAACUUUGAAAGAAAUGGAGAUUAAGAAUCUUAUUUCGAAAUGCAGUGGGGCAAAAAGUAAUGUGAUACUUCAUCUGGCGUUUGAGAAAGAUAUGGGGAAUAUAUCAUUGGACACGUCAGGUUUACAAAAUGAUGCCGCUAUCAUGGGAAUGAGUCCAGUGCUGCCAUCAUUAGGUGAGUUUAUUUAAAGUGAUAUUUCAUGCAAGCAAGUUUUUCUUGAAAACUUUUGUUAGCUCGUGUGUACGACAAUCCAAUCAAUUUUCCUUGCCAAUAUAAAUACUUGCCAAAAUAAAUGUUUAACAAUAUUCUGUGCACACCAGCCACUAAACUUGUCAAGGUAAACUUGUUGACGAUACAAAUAAGAAGGUAAACUAGCCAAGGAAACGUUUCUGACUGUACACACGAGAAAGUAAAAUUCCCAAAGUAAACUUAUCAAGGAAAACUUGUUUACCGUACACACGAGAAAGUAUAAUUCCCAAGGUAAACUUGUCAAGGAAAAUUUGUUUACCGUACACACGAGAAAGUAUAAUUCCCAAAGUAAACUUGUCAAGGAAAAUUUGUUUACCGUACACACGAGAAAGUAAAAUUCCCAAAGUAAACUUGUCAAGGAAAAUUUGUUUACUGUACACACGAGAAAGUAAAAUUCCCAAGGUAAACUUGUCCAGGAAAAUUUGUUUACCGUACACACGAGAAAGUAUAAUUCCCAAAGUAAACUUGUCCAGGAAAAUUUGUUUACCGUACACACGAGAAAGUAAAAUUUCCAAGGUAAACUUGUCCAGGAAAAUUUGUUUACUGUACACACGAGAAAGUAUAAUUCCCAAAGUAAACUUGUCAGGAAAAUUUGUUUACUGUACACACGAGAAAGUAAAAUUCCCAAAGUAAACUUGUCAGGGAAAAUUUGUUUACUGUACACACGAGAAAGUAAAAUUCCCAAAGUAAACUUGUCCAGGAAAAUUUGUUUACCGUACACACGAGAAAGUAAAAUUCCCAAGGUAAACUUGUCCAGGAAAAUUUGUUUACUGUACACACGAGAAAGUAUAAUUCCCAAAGUAAACUUGUCAGGGAAAAUUUGUUUACUGUACACACGAGAAAGUAAAAUUCCCAAAGUAAACUUGUCCAGGAAAAUUUGUUUACCGUACACACGAGAAAGUAUAAUUCCCAAAGUAAACUUGUCAGGAAAAUUUGUUUACUGUACACACGAGAAAGUAAAAUUCCCAAAGUAAACUUGUCCAGGAAAAUUUGUUUACCGUGCACACGAGAAAGUAAAAUUCCCAAGGUAAACUUGUCCAGGAAAAUUUGUUUACUGUACACACGAGAAAGUAAAAUUCCCAAGGUAAACUUGUCCAGGAAAAUUUGUUUACUGUACACACGAGAAAGUAAAAUUCCCAAGGUAAACUUGUCCAGGAAAAUUUGUUUACUGUACACACGAGAAAGUAAAAUUCCCAAGGUAAACUUGUCAAGGAAAACUUGUUUACCGUACACACGAGAAAGUAAACUUGUCAAGGGAAACUUGUGCAGGGUCAUCAUCUAUCUAUACUAUCCAGGCUCAUGAUUGGUUGAUUAUAACAAUGAAAGACAAUAAAACUAUUGAAAUCGUCUUUCUAAAGAACGAGUCACGAACAAUGACCAUUUUUGUUUCGGAAAGCCAAUCACAAAACAUGAGCAUUUUAGGUAGGUCUUCCCCCAAACUUGUCAAGGAAAACCUGUUGACCGUACACACGAGAAAGUAAACUUGUUAAGGGAACUUACGAGAGCCAACCACGGGCCCCGGGACAAAAUGACGAUUUGGUGAACACGCCCCCCCCCCCCAUGUCCCUCUCGACUUUCCUGCUAGCGUAUGGCCACGCCAAAGUCUAUUUUUAAUCGCAAUCAACGAGAGAAUUGCCAGCGAAUUACUUGCAAGAAAUCGCCGCAUAACUGAUAAAAACGCAAUGUGAACGAUGUUCAGCUAACUGUUUUUGCUGAGAAAACGAUCGAAAAAUCGUUUAUUUCAAAUUUGGUACGUUUUACGUUCAGCGGAUAGUGUGCAAGCAGGCGUAUUUCAUUUUGGACAAACAUAAAGCAAUUACAGGGCGAUUAUAAACGAUACGAACAUUUUACCGAGAUUUUCGGACCCCACUGAGCACUCCGGGCCCCGGGUAUUUUGCCCCCCCCCCCUCUCGCUGGCCUUGCUCACAAUCACACUCAAAGAGCGGAGGUUCAAUCUGAGCUUCCCCUGAAUGUCUAUACUGUUUUUGAAUAGCUGGAGGGUGAGUAGUCACAUAGUAAGGUACGACACUAACCCUCCGGCUUUUCAAAAACAGCAUUGACACUAAUUGAGGGACUGAGCUCAGAUUGGACCUCCACUCAUUGAGUGUGAGUGAGCUUUUAGAAUAGAGGCGUUUGUGUCUAUAGACUAUAGAGUCUCUUAUUUAAUGGAUAAGCUGUAAUCUGUUUUUACUUUUUUAGUUAUAAACGGUACUUGUGGAAUGGGCCUAAAGGUCCCGAGUAACACGGGUAUUAUAAAACUGGAUGGUAAAACUAUUCGCAACAAGCCUACAGACGCAGUCACAAUAGCUUUAUGGGCCAAUUUCACGACAGUUGAAGGCACACACACACUCUUUGAGACUAUUGGAGGGCAUUCUUUGCACACCAAGAACCAAUACGUGCUGAGCGUCAACGAUGGUGCUGUUUUAUGGAGGCAUAGAAAUGAAUACGGUCAGAUUGUUUUUGAAGUUCAAACUGGAACAUUGAUAUUACCUAGUAAGUGUGUAUUGGUUGUUCUUUGUGUUAGAGAUGAAUAUUUUCUUGUGGAAUUGGAGAAUAGAAUAUUGUAUUGUAUUGUAUUAUAUUGUAUUGUAUUGUAUUGUAUUGUAUUGUAUUGUAUUGUAUUGUAUUGUAUUGUAUUGUAUUGUAUUGUAUUGUACGGUACGGUACCUGUUUGGAUAUACCAACUCGAGAAGAAGACAAGAGUUUAUAUAUCCAAUACAACGUACACGAAUGUUGUAAAUGGCUUGCGAAACAUCUUCAUGAGAACAUUCGUAUUCUUCAACAAUUUACAAUAAAUGAAUGAUAUUUGGUGAGAAAAUUGAACUUAAAGUUUAUGUAAAUGAGCAUGAUUUUGUAUCAGAUAUACAAACUCCUUCACGCUCAUGAUUUCUUUUGUGUUUUCUUCAUGAAUUAUUAACGAGUUUCACAAUGUGUUGAAUAUUGCAUUGAACAAUAGUGUGGUCUAGUUUGGUGUGAAAAUACCCUACGUACUAAAGUGAACGAAAUUAGCAAAAAUCCCCCGCUGACUUUGAGGCAAUGAUACCCUGAUUCAGUGUCCAAACUAACAUAAUUUCAUCCUUCCAAAAGGAUCCUGGGUGCAUUUCGCGGCCACAUACUCAUCAGCCAACAGCAGGGCAGGAAUAUUCAUCAAUGGCGUGCUGGUGAAGGAAGCCCCCGGCACAGGAUCUCUCUCAGAGGACUGGGACGGAAGGGCUGGAUUUGGAAUGCAUCAAGGUCUAGCAGGGGACUUGCUGUACGUGGAUGAAAUCAUGGCUUACAAUCGAGCGCUCACGCCAUUUGAAGUGAAAAAUUUGUUCGGGAAAUGCAACUUUGCUGGCGGUACAGGAGGUAAGUUAUUGUGAAGCCGAUAUCAGGAUGUGUUCGCACUGCUUGUUCCCAGUUGUUGUGACAAGUCUGGAACAAGUUGUUAUCAUCUUGUUACAAGGUUGAUGACGGUAACAGACUUGCUACAAGUUGUUCCAACAAGACUAAUACAGGCUGUUCGUAACAAGUUGCUACGAGCUUGUUGUCAUCAACUUGUUAACAACUUGUUACGUGCAGACGAUAUCAGACUUGUUGGAACAACUUGUUGCGAGUCUGUUGGCCUCACCAACCUUGUUACAAGAUGAUAACAACUUGUUCCAGACUUGGCAACAACUGGGAACAAGCAUUGCGAACACAUCUCGUUGACAAGCUGGGAGAUUUUUGUGCGUGUAGAAUCUGCCCUAUACGCUUAAGGAGAUAUAAAUAAUUAUAAAAGAUUAUGACAAUUGUUCUUUUAGGAAGUAAAGGUUUCCAGCUUGUCUACUAUAGUUUUGAACGGCUAUCUGGUACAACAAUAUUUGACGAUUCUGGCAAUAAUAUAGACGCCGUCUCAAGCAGUGCGGCACAGGUUACCAAAGAAAGCGGAAAAUGUGGGAAUGGACUUCAUUUAAACCAAGGUAUGUUCGACUUCGGUUUGUUUGCCAACCUCGUACCUACCUACCUACUUACUUACCUACCAGGCGAACUGAUUUAGUGGAAAAGGAUCAGUUAUCAAAUUAAAAGGACCAAAUUGGACACUUGUGCCAAACUGUUUUUAGUAGCUUCGUUUUUGAGAUAUUUAAGAAGUUGGAUAUAGGAAUUAUCCUCUGUAUGACGUCACAUAGCACAUAGCCUAUCGAAGGGAAGAUGACUGUGAAACUCAUUAGAAUAACAAUAUAACUCAUUAUCUAUGUUAGUCAACGUUCAUUCAUAAAUCUGGUCCUUCACCGUCACGUGUGUAUUGUAUUUUUGCCCAACUAACCAAUAGCAAUGUUUUAGGAAAGUUACCUAUCCGUGACUCGAACAAUAGGGUAAAUUGGAAAUUGCUAUUGGUGGAUUUGGCAAAAAUACAAUACACACGUGACAACGAAGGACCAGAUUUAUGAAUAAACGUUCACUAACAUAGAUAAUGCGUUAUACUGUUGUUGUAAUGAGUUUUACAGCCAUCUUCCCUUCGAUAGACUAUGCAAAGCAUGACUUUGUGAUAACAUAGGAUGACUUCGAUAGACUAUGCAUAUUAACAAGAUCUCGGGAUACAUCGAAAUCAUAAAACAAAUAUAUAUCGUAUCUCGACGAACUUGAAUCAUUUCUCUAUAAUUAAAUAUCUCAAGAAAAGAAGCUAAGAUAGUUUGCCAAAGUAUAACCUACUAGCGGUUUUGAAUUUUCUAAUGCAAUCAUAAAACAAAGCUGUGAAGUUUCGUUGGUGAGAACCUACAUUAAACGAACUUUAUUUUAUAAGCAUGUAAGGGGGAGGGGGUGCAAAUGACACCUUACUUAAUUAUACCCGAAAAAACCCCACGACUUUCGGUAGAGCGUUGACUGAUUUUUUUGACAUCAAUGUCUUGUCUCAACUAAAUAACAAUCGCUUUCGUUUAUCAUCAGGUGCAAUAAAUAUCAAUGGUGGUGCGAUGAGACUGCGUCCUACGCUUGGCAUUAGCGUUAUGUUGUGGGUGAAAUUAGACACCACCCAAGGUGACCAGGAAAUCUUUAUGACCACCAAUCCAGCAAGUCUUGGCAAUAAACAUGGUCAAUAUCAUUUCCAAGCGAACGCUGGAUCGGUGAGAUGGUUUCAUAGAAAUGCAGAGUCUCAGGUAUGCCAACAGUAUUAUAUUUCAGCUUUUAUUUGUGUUGUUUUGCGGAUUUGCAAUGUUACUGUUCAAAAAGGAACGAAGAGCAUUUAUUUUUCUUCAAUCUUGAAGUUGUCUGUGGGAGUGCAGCCUGUUUCAAUAAUAUGAACAAGCUUUCGUUGCUAGGAAUGCAACUGCCUAGUGGUUGAGAAAUAUUGUCAAUUUAAAUGCAAUUUGAAUGCUGUAAAAUUGACGCCAUAUUUAUUAUGUAACGAAAACAGCUUUCCAUAGCCGUUCGGAAAAGCGCCUAUCCGAUACGGAAUGUACAACUUUCAGAAGCUGAGCGAAACAACAUCUCUCCGUUGCAAUAAUUCCUCUGCAAAUAGCGUUCCUAAAAGGUACUGAUAGGUGUUUUUUGACGUCGCUACGAUAAGCUAUACGUUACAGUUUAAACGUACAGUAGCCUAAGUGUUCGGAAUAAAAGUUUGCGAUACUCCCACGAUAAUCUCACGAUUCAAAAUUCUUCUAGGAUCAGGCUUCAGUCAUCGUAUACAGCCAAUUCAAAAAAGGUCGUCCUUUGCAAAACCUUUAAACCUAAAACCUUAAACUUUAAGCGCGCAAAGCUUAAUGAGAGCACAAGUUUGAAGCUUAGCAGUUAAAUAUUGCAGCUAUUUGUAAGUCAUUGUCCUCGUAAGGAGAUAUUUGCUUGUCUCUAAGAAAUGGACCCCAUAUAUGAUUUCUAAACUGAUUAAAAGAUGCCCCCAUUGUGCUUUGUACGCUUAGAGUUUAGGGUUUAGUCUUUAGAGUUUAAGGUUUGCAAACGACAAUCUUUUUUGAAUUAGCUGUAUAUAUAACUCCACGACAAACUGCUAACCAUAAUUACUAUUAUUUCCAGACGAUAUUUAGUGUGGAGACAAAGGAACCAGUUCUCCAACCAGAAAUAUGGACCCAUCUCUGUGCAACCUACAGCACUAUGACUCGCAAGGCUGAAAUAUAUGUCAAUGGCGAGCUAAAAAAUUCGCAAACUAGCUUGGGAGGAGGGGCCUUAUCCAAGGUUAGUAUGUUAGAUUACUAAUGUGUUAAUGUGGCGUUUUGAAGGGCUAGAAUGAGUACUAGAAUUUGCCCGUAUUUUUGGACCGGGAAAAUGGAUUUGGGUUACUGGGUAUAUGACAGAUACAAAAAUGGGAAAAGCCAUAUACCAUUAUAUAAACACAGUUGUACUUGGACGUUUCAGAGUUGAAAUACCGUCUAGGAAAAACUAGGGAGUAAAUUUUGAUUGCAAGUUUGUCUAAGAAUGACCUGUAUUCUGUAAUCUUCUGCUAUUGCGAGUGAGGGACUUAGCACGUCUAUAGCAUGCGAGAGAAAAUGACACGGGUAUUUAUAGGCAUUAACUUAACAUUCUAUUUCAGACUAACCAUUCUCAGAGAUACGAAAAACCAGUUUCAUAUUACUCUGACACUGCAAUGGACCAACGAAAAGUUCGUUGGCUCGAGCGGGAUUUGAACUCACAUCUUCGGGUAUUUAGACCGCCGCUCUACCCAUUGAGCUUUCGAGUCAACGGGGAUUGGUAGCAAGUCUUAUCCAAUUUAAGUCCACGAAAUAUUUUCGUGACGACUUAACGCUUGUCACUUCGCGAAGUUAUCUCUAGCGAGAGCUUUUGAAAGCAGAAUAUUGUGUUUUAAAAGUCAGCACAUGAGAAAAACACCUGUUCAGGGAUAUUCUUUCAAGUCACGACUUUCAUAGAUUUUGGAUGUGAAUUUUCGCCAUCGCUUUCCUCCUAGGUCGAGUGACUGGUAGUAAAUUUAUAGCUUUGUAGUCCCCCCGUAGUUCCCCCAAGCUUUGUAGUCCCCCCGUAGUUCCCCCAAGAGAUUCACUCUUCGCUUUUAAAACAUUCUGAUCUCUCUGUAGGACUGGAGCGGGAAGGUCGUCAUUGGCAAACUGUAUGACAUGGCGGACAGCGGUCAGUGGGUCGAGAGCCAGGCACUUCUUGGUGUAGUCGACGAAUUCUACAUAUUCAGCAAAGCGUUGCCGUUGGCUGAAAUUCAGUCACUCAGCCAAAUGUGCAAUUCGCAUCGGGUUGUCUUACAUUUUGGUUUUGAGAAGGGCCAGGGUCUGUAUACGUUGGACCAGUCAGGUCUGGGAAAUAAUGGCAAACUCGUGAACCUAACCGCCUCGGAUAUGCCGGGUGUUUGCGGGCUAGGCAUGAAUAUGAGCCAAGGUGAAAUCGAUCUUGAUGGUCAGCGGUUCAAAGGGAAACCGCUGAACGCAAUCACCAUUGCCACGUGGGUGAAGUUGAAUACAAACAGGUAAUAUUACAUCAGUAAUGAAUGACAGAUGAUUAACAUGAAUAGAACUGUUUAUUUAUACUGGAUAGUUCUAUCAUUUCUAAACUGUUCUUCCCAGAGGUCCAGUAAGGAUAAUUUCUUGUUGAUCCAGUGUUACUGCAGGAGGAAACCUAAACUAAACUAACUUUAUUUAUACUGGAUAGCUCUAUCAGUUCUAAACUGUUCUUCCUAGAGGUCCAGAAGGAUCAUCUCUUAUUGAUCCAGUGUUACUACAGGAGGAAACCUAAACUAAACUAACUUUAUUUAUACUGGAUACCUCUAUCAGUUCUAAACUGUUCUUCCUAGAGGCCAAGAAAAGGAUCAUCUCUUAUUGAUCCAGUGUUGCUACAGGGGGAAACCUAAACUAACUUUAUUUAUACUGGAUAGCUCCAUCAGUUCUAAACUGUUCUUCCUAGCUAGAGGUCCAGUAAGGAUCAUCUCUUAUUGAUCCAGUGUCACUACACGAGGAAACCUAAACUAAACUAACUUUAUUUAUACAGGAUAGCUCUAUCAGUUCUAAACUGUUCUCCCUAGAGGUCCAGUAAGAGUCAUCUCUUAUUGAUCCAGUGUUACUACAGGAGGAAACCUAAAUUAAACUAACUUUAUUUAUACUGGAUAGCUCUAUCAGUUCUAAACUGUUCUUCCUAGAGGCCAAGAGAGGGCCAGUCUUCAAAUGUCUGUUUUGAUUUCCACUUUUAUUUUUCCAGAGGUUAUCACCAGCUAUUCAAUACAAUUGGAAGCCGCUCGGAGCAUAAGAACGAUCAAUACGACUUUGCGAUAGAUAAUGGGAAGGUAGUGUGGUCACACAACGAUGAACAAAACAAAAUUAUUUUUAGAAUUGAGACAAUUCCCAUAAUUCCCGCGCGAAAUUGGACUCACGUGACCGCGUCAUAUGACUCGUCAGCCAUGAUCGCGAAGGUCUGGGUUGGGGGGAAGUUAGUGAAAGAAAAAUCCGCCACGGGACUAUUGUCCCAGGACUGGGGUCAUUUCGCCGGUAUUGGCAGGCAUUUUUAUGAAAAGGAAUACCUCAAUGGCGCCACAGACGAAUUUUUAAUGUAUAACUACGCUCUUUCUGAGGGCGAGAUCCAAUACCUCUCUAAAGCGAAUUGUGGAAAAUAG